AUGUGUCCCCGGUCCAAAUCAGACCAAGGGGACGUUCAGGGACAGCGAUUGCGUUGGGCUCAGUAUGUCUUCAAUGGAAAGGACCAAACUGCGCCCAUCCUUCUGCUAAUCCAAGCCUUCUUUGCGUCGUCGUCGUCGUCGGUGGCGGUAUUUUCAUUUCUUCACGAGGAACUGGAGCGGUUGAAAGGCAACUACGCUUCCGUCGACGACAGCAGAACGCCCUUGUCCGAUAUCUAUGUAUUGCAUGAUACAACUAUCGUAGAGAUGCUACGUUGUGCUGAUCCUGGCAUACGAAAGGAUUUAUCACCGAAUAUUCAAGGAUCUGCAUCGAAUAUAGUCCUACGAGUCGUAUAUGUCGGUAGCCGAAGAAACAAGGAAGAACCGAAUCAUUUAGUCUUGGACAGACAGCCCCACCGGCCGGUGAGAGACAGAUACAAACUGAUAGCUAUCAUCUUUGCGGACAUCCCACACCGGUUCGUUCAUUACCCCAAAACGAAGCAUACACCGAAACACGAGCGCCUGGAAUUCAUAAAGCUUCCUCGAACGCGUGUUCUCCAUGCUUUGUGUUACUUCACUCUCCUCGGAACCAUCGAAUAUGCGCUCGUCCCGCAAUACAUUUCACCUGCCUCGGUCGUUCUACUUACGACAACGAAGCCGCUACUCCCCGAAGUCUCUCCAGCGCCCACCCCAUAUUACGACAACCGGGACGCAUGUGGUGCGCUCCAAUUUGAUAUGCCUCCUCACCAGACAACCUUUACGUACCACAAGAUUUCUUCCCUUCUCCCCAAAAGAGGCGACAGGACGCGCAUAAAAGGAUUCCAUCCCAGCUAA